AUGGCUCGUGUAGCAGCUGAGCCAUUAGCGAGAAUGGCUGAUGAUGUUGAAAUGAACCGGCAUCUGAAAGAAGAGAUUCACGAGGAGGACCCAAUGGCAGUGAUGUUGAAGAGCAAGAAACGAAAGCAAGCGCUCAAUCGUGGAGAUCUGGUGUAUCCGACGUAUCAAGGCGAGUGUCCGCCAAAUCGCUUCGGAAUACGGCCCGGCUAUCGUUGGGACGGAGUGGACCGGUCGAACGGUUUCGAGGCGCGACUAGCACAAGCGAAGAAUAGAAAGAAUGCUCAAGAAAGAGAAUACUAUCAAAAUCUCCAGACGUAUGAGUAG